CCUAUAUCCUCAUAUCCCCACUUCUUCACAAGUCACAACUCGACGCGGUGACGAGUAACGUGCUGACGCCACGACCGCCAUAAUCAGUCUCGCUUGAAAGCCAGGAGACACGCGUCACGCGCUAACCUCUCCCCGUCAAAAGUCAAGUGAAGACGAAGCUCUCAGCAGCUUCCCCGCUCUCGACCGAAAGCUCAGCUCUUCUGUACUGCGUAGGGUCGUGUAUAUUCGUCGACGUACUUGAAGCUCUCGGAUAGGCAUCAUGCAUCCAAGCAAAAACGCUUGGUGGGCGCUUUUGCGCAGACGGCAAGCUCCGUCACGCCGGCAGCUUCCACCUGCACUUCGAGCCCCUCUUUCUCCGUGCGUACGCUUUCGUGCCACGGGCAGUGCAAAGAACCUAUCGACCUCAGCUGCGGCCUGCUCCGGCACGUCAAGCCAUGUCAACCGUCGCUACGAUUCCCCCGCUGCAUCAUCGUCCCGGACCCGUACCGGCAACGAUCCCUAUUCGUCAAAGGAGUCAGCGCUAGGUCGGCACUUUUACCUGAACAAGAUCCUUGAGCAAUGGGCGGCACGCCCGGCAACUCGCAUGACCUUGCGUCAAUUGAUAUUCUUUGGCAAGACGCUGGGAAAAGAUCGCGACAAGAUCAUCAAAAGCGCAAACUAUGUGCGGCAGGAACUGCCUAUCCGAAUCGCUCACAGAAUUAGAGACUUGCAGGCCCUCCCGUUCGUCGUCAUGACCAACAAGCACAUGGAAGACGUAUAUGACAAGUAUUGGGCAGCUUUCGAGAAGCUCAGAAAGUUUCCUCUCAUCAAGAACAUGGAUGACAAUGAACGUUUCUGCACGGAGCUGAAAGGCUUGCUGGAGGACCAUCUCACUAUCAUUCCGAGCCUCACCGUUGGUAUCGUCGAGUCGUCACACCACCUUCCUCCUCCACAGCUCGACAGCUUUAUGGAGCGCAUGUUACGAAGCCGGAUUUCUCGAAGGGUGCUUGCAGAGCAGCAUAUCGCCCUGUCUGAGGCUUUGGACGAUCCUUUCCAUUUCUUCAACGAUCACAAUACGCUUGACCAGCGCAUAUCCCCUGAGGAGGCAUCCGAGGGUGGUGAAGCAGAUAUGGGUGACCACAUCGGCAUCAUCUACACGCAUCUAUCAGUUUCUUCUGUGGUCCGCAAAGGCGACCGUCUGCUCCGCAAAAUGUUUGCGGCAGAACGUGGUAUCUCAGAGAGCGACCCCAUCAUUCCAGAAGUCACCGUCGAUGGCGAUCUCGGUGCACGUUUCGCGUACAUCCCCGAGCACCUCGAGUAUAUCAUCUUCGAAUUGUUGAAGAACGCGAUGCGCGCUACCAUGCGAAGGGAACUGCAGGAGCGCGAUGAUGUUCCAAUCCGCGUCACCAUCGUCGAAGGACCUGAAGACGAAGACAUCAUCAUCCGUGUAUCGGACAGCGGCGGCGGGCUUCCCGACGUUGCGAGUCAGCUUGGUGGCCCAGCUCUUGCGUCUCAAGUGGGGGCUCUUCCCGGCACAUUAAUGUCAAAAAGCACCACGAGCGCUGGAGCUUUCGGGAUCAACAUGCCGGGCCGGGCCAUGCAAUUAAGCACUGCAGACGCCUUUGGCGGCUCUCAAGCUUUCGUCGAUCAAAUCAACGAGAGCAUGGCGAUACGUCCUCAAUUCGUCUCUUCAUCUCCUGACAUGGACUCUGGCGAUGAUGGCGCACCCGUUCGGAGCUCAUACCAAGUCCCAUUCAUCUCGUCUUCGUCAGGCAUGAACGCCAAUGACGCAUUGAUCUCAUUUCUCUGCUCCUUCUCAAAUGUCCGGCGGAGGCUUGAGCUGGAAGCCGAGAUGCGUAAGCAGCAAGAGGAAAAGGGUCGCUCAUCCGGUGACAUCAUGACCGGCGGGCUGGGCAGCAGUAGACAACUGGAGGCUCUCCUCAACAUGGGGACAUUCAAAGGCACAGUCCGCGAGCAGGUGGUUGGCUCGCAUGCUUCAACCAUUUCUAAAGACUUGCCAGAUGCAGUCCCUUCGCUCUCUGCCUCGCCCGACUUGACCGGCAACCAGCGUAAGCACCCAUCGUGGGUACCGCAACAAGACAACCCCACGGAUUCGCCUUCAUCCUCGGUCGCUUCUCUCGUGGAAGGUUCAGGAGGAGUGGGUGGCAUCCGGAAUCCUGCAUCUGCUUCCGAGACAGGCCUGGGUCUACCUAUGACCAAGGUAUAUUGCGACUUUUUUGGGGGAAGCCUUGCAUUCCGCAGCCUGGACGGCCACAGUUCCGAUGUUUACGUGCGGCUGCCAAAACUAGGGACCAACAAGGAAAGAAUCGAGAGCGUGACACUGUAAUGUCGUGUGCUUUGGCCAUCUUCGUGUACAUUCUUGGCGAACCACUCGGUCUGAUCGAUCGGGUUGUUGCGAUACUGCAUAGAAACUGAAUGAACAUGGUUUUGCUAAUGUCAU